CUCAAGUUUGUUCUGGUGGUGACAAUCCUCCUGAUCAACCAUGAAAGCCUUCACCCGUAGUAUAGCUGCUCUGGUUGCAGGUUCUGCCUUCCUGCAAUCAUGCCUCGCCCAAUCUAGCAACCCUACGCUAUUCACAGAUCCAAACACUGGUAUCAGGUUCAAUGCGUGGACAGUGGCCCCGAGCCGCUUUUCACCGGGCCUGACCUUUGGCAUGGCGCUUCCAGAGGAUGCUCUCAGCACAGAUGCCACUGAAUUCAUCGGUUACUUGUCCUGCAACUCUGCAAAUAACGAUGGACGCGGAUGGUGUGGGAUUUCCCUAGGUGGAUACAUGCCUGGCAACUUGCUCCUACUGGCGUACCCGCAGGAGGACGACGUGCUUACUUCUUUCCGCUUCGCGUCGAAGUACACGAUGCCAGACUUAUACACUGGGAAUGCUACACUGACUCAGAUCUCGUCGAGCAUUAACUCAACCGGAUUCAGCCUGCUGUUCCGUUGCGAGGGCUGCCUCUCUUGGGAGCAGGAUGGCACGACUGGAAAUGCCUCAACCAGUGCUAGCCAGCUGCUCCUGGGAUGGGCGCAGGCCGAGGAGAAUCCUACUGACGGUGCCUGUCCCGAUGAUUUAUCACUUGUGAAGCAUGAGGCGAACAGCCUCUGGAUUGCAAAAUUUGAUAGGAAUGCUACGAGCUCCUCGUACAAUUCCUGGGCCAAGCUUGCUACGAAUGUUGUUACUGGUGAUUGUGAUGGUGGUGGCAGCAAUGGUACCGGAACUAAGCCUCGUUGGUAUUGAUUAAUUGCUAUACAUAUUUACCAAAGAUCUCGUAAGGAGAUGAGAAUCC